GUGUUAUCUAUACUGCAUAUCGCGGGGGAAGUUAUCCCGAAACUUGAACAAGUGUUGGAAAAACUUGAGAAUUUGGAACGGUAUGUAAAAGCAGUUGACGAAAAAGUUAGUAAUUUGCAGGCAAAGGUGGAUUGUUUCGAGGCUUUCAAAAACAAACAGAAAAAAAGAUCAAAGAACUGGAAGACGAAUUGGAUUUUGCGAACACGGAACGCGAGUCUUUCAAGGAGAAAUUUGACAAGCUGAAAUGCGAAAUUAAUCAGCUCCGGGACGAGAAACUAUACAUGGAAGUUUAUCAGCGGCGGGAAAAUCUUCGUUUUUUCGGAAUUAAAGAAGAGGCCGGUAUGGAGGAGGAUGCGAGAGAGGUUUUGGUUGGAUUCCUUAAAACAGAGCUUGGUAUGGAAAAUGUAGAUCAAAUCGAAUUCCAAAGGGUCCAUCGUGUUGGAAAACGUGUUUCUUCCAGUGGUAAACCUCGACAAAUAAUUGCACGUUUUUUGAAAUAUCCUCAACGUGAAGAAGUUAUGUCCAAUGCUAGAAAGCUACAAGGAAAAACUUUG